CGCCGCCGGCACGACCGCACCGCCGCGCGCUACAGGCAGAGACGACAACGCUCGUCCGCAGUGUAACCGCGCGCCGCGUCGGAGACUGCGACCCGUCGUGUGCCGCUAGCACGAGCAGUCGGCAGCACCCUUGGCGACACCGCGAAGUGGCUGGGCGCAGCGCCGGCAGCCAGUCGCGCGCCGGCCUCGGUCGGGCGCACGUGUCAGUGCCAGUUGUGACAGACGGCCAGCGCGCCAUGUCCCUACCCUGCUGCCAGCCGGAGUUGUGACGAGAACAUGCUGACUGUUGUCGACGUGAGCAUAGUACGCGCCUGCGUCACUAUCGUCGUCGCGUUCCUCCUGGCCACCAUGUUCAUCGUGGCCACAAUCAGCAACUCGCUGAUCGUGGUGCUCUUCGUCAGGAGACGCGGCAUGCGAACACUUCCCAACCGCUUUGUGCUGAAUCUGGCGGCCAUCAACCUGGUGUCGACAUGCGGCCUGCUGCCGCUGCUGCUGACGGACCUCUUCCUGCCGCCGCCGUCGGCGCCGCUCUGCCACGCCGUCGACGCCAUCGCCACAUUCGUCGUCAGCUCGUCGGUGCUGGCCACGCUGCUGGUCGCCGGCGACCGGUACGCGGCAGUGACCGACGCGCUGCGCUACCACGCCAUCGUCACCAAGCCGCGCAGUCUGGUCGCCAUCGCCGGCUGCUGGGCGGCCGGUCUGCUGGUGACCGGGCUCUCGCUGCUGGUGCCGGCCGCCGACAAGCACUGGGAGGCGUGCCCGCGCUACGACUCGGCCAGCGCGGCGGCUAGCUGGUACGCGCCGGCGCUGGCUCUGCUGCUGUUCGUCGUGCCGCUGGCAGCGCUCGUCUGGAUGUACGUGCGCAUCUACCUGUGUGCGCACAAGAACAGCGAGCGGCAGAGGCGCCACAGCCUGGGCAUGAACCCGGGCGAGCUGACCGUGCCCAUGAUGGCGGCGAACGGCCGGCCCGUGCGGACACAGUCACUGCGAGUGCAGCAGCUGCGUAACUCCAGCAGCUUGAUCGUCAACAACCUCAAGCACAAGAUCUCCAACGCGAGCCUGUUCAUGUACCGCGAGGAGGGCCGCACGGCCAAGGUGUCGCUGGUGGUAGUUGUCAUGUUCUUCGCCUGCUGGCUGCCGUUCUUCCUGUGCCAGCUGGUCGGCGCGUUCGUGGCGUUCUCACCCAGCGUGGCACACGUCUCCGCGCUGCUGGUCGUCUCCAAUAGCGCGGUCUCGCCGUUCGUCUACAGCUUCCGCAGCCGGCGGACACAGCGCGAGCUGCGCCGGCUGCUGGGGCUGCGCGUGUCAAGCGGCACCGCGACGCGUCCGCUGCGGCGCACGCACACCAACCCCGCGGCCUUCCCGCUGAUGGACACGAUCCCGCCAAGCCCGCUCGAGACGAACCACUUCCGCCUCCCGGCGGCCAAACGUGCGCCGCCCAGUUUUUUAUACUCGCUCGUGCGCAAGUCGAACUCAGUGCCGUCGGUGCAGGCGGCGCUGCUGCAGUCGACGCUGCCGCACGCGCAGCUCUUCACGUUCCCGGAGCCUCACCGCAUCGAGGUGACGGCGGCCACCUGCGGCCUGCCGCGCGGCUCCUUCUCCAGCGAGUGCUCCGAUGCGAGCCAGCAGAGUUCCUGCACCGACCAGACGGACGCCUCCGGACGCUAG